AUGACUCAGAGGAUGUCACCCUCCGCCUCCUGCCUACGGCCCUUCGAGGUGUCGAGUUGCUUGAGCUCCCUUCUGCCUAUGCUGAGCGUGGCUGCUAGCCCAUCUACCCUGCAGGCUUUCUUCAAUUGGCUGAGCCUCAUCAUCCGUGCGGCGCUCUUCGUUUUGCAACGCUCGAUGUACUUUGACUGCGUGCAGCCGGACGGGUGCCACUUUGAGGGCCGGCUCUUUAGGGCCCUGUUAGACCAAGGCUCGAUGCCGGCGGUGUCCCCACCUGGCAGCCCCGCUUCGGACCCGCUGUCCAGGAGUUGGACUGGACCGCCGGUUGAGGCGAACGUGGCGAAUGUGGCGCAAAGCAUGUUACCAGCGCCACUUCCGCACAUGUACUUCAACCCUGUGCAGUGGCAUACGCCGGUGCCAAUGGUGCCUGCGCCACAUGCACUGCACGCACAGCAUGCUCGGAACGCAUGGGUCUGGGGCCUUGUUGGCCCCGUUGGCCCUGCUGGCCCCGUUGGCCCUGUUGGCCCCUGCGCCGUUCCGCAGCUAAAUCAGCAGCCGGUGGUGCAGACGGCACAGUUCCAAUGGCUUCCGGCCCCGGCACCAGCGCCGCGGCAUCCGCGGCAUCCGCUGCGCUCGGCGCCGGCAUGGAGCCCUCCUCUCGCGCAGGCUAUGGCUCCGGCUCCCAUGGCCCGGGUGCCGGCGCCGGCGAUGAUCCCGGCGCCGGACUUCGAUGGCGGAGACGCGAAAGGAUCCGGGCUGAUGGCCACGCGAUUUGGCGGCCAGCAGGAGUCAGACAUGCUCGAGAAGCUGGGCUUGAAGCACCAGCCGGUGGACUCCGCUGUGCAGCUGGUGUCGCUGGGCAGCUACUGUGGGCCCAAGCUCUCCUUUCAGAAGAUGGGCCGUGGUGCUGCCACUUUGCCCUUCGACUGGAUUCGGACGCGGAUGUCGGGCAUCCUACAUUUCCUCCGUAAUGACUUCCAGGGCUUCUUCGAUUUCGAGACCCAGCAACGAGUGCCUCAAACUGACAAGAUGGUGAUGUUCAGAGGAUACCACCACUCCUUUUGGCACGAUGACCCGACUGAGCCUGUCAUGCGAGAGAGAUACAAGCGCCGGAUCGAGCGGCUCAAGGAAAUCAACGCUGAGUCCCACACGGUGCUGUGCGUACGCUCCAUGGUCUCAAACGAGGAGGUGCUGCAAGUGCCGGAGCUGAUGACAGAGCUUCGCAAGCUGUUCGGGCCCUCCGUUCGCUUGCUGCUCAUCCUGGAGAAUCAGAAGCAAAUGUUGGGCCCAGCAACCGUGGACAAGGAGGACACCGUGAUGCUGUACUACCUCAGCAUGGACGUGCAUCGGAAAGGCCACCCCGACAACAACGCGCCCUACGCGAGACCUGUGCAAUGCGCGCUGGACUGGGUGGCCGGGAAGCCUUUGGGCUGCCACGAGUUGGACAGCCUGCAGAAGGCCUUCGAGCUCACGGACCCCUACCCAGGAGGUGAGAAGGGCCUGGGUGGGCUCUGCGCCUUUGAGGAGGAACCCCCCGACGCCAGACAGGCAAAGAUCCCGAUGGAGCCGGAGCCGGAGAACCAGUGGCGUGGAAACUGUCAGCCCAACCCGUUCGAAUACGAGAGCAUUUACGAGAAAAAGCUGAUGCAUAUCUCGAGGUCUCCCCUUCAGCACCUGGUCGCCAGCUGCCUCUGA